AUGUUAAUACCAUUCAUAAAGUUGAUGAAGGAUGUAGAUGAUGAUGGGAAUUGUGGUUUUAGAGCUAUUGCGAGUUUACUUGUUCUUGGAAAGAAUGACUGGGUGAAAGUUAGGCGUGAUCUGCUAUUUGAAUUGAACAAUUACAAAGAUGAAUACGUCGUACUAUACGGGUCGCAAGAGAGGGUUGAGGAGCUGACAUACAUCCUUUCAUAUUUUGAAGAUAGCGCUUGCUUUGAUAGUUGGAUGACUAUGCCUGACAUGGGACAUCUUAUUGCAUCAUUUUAUAAUGUAGCCUUGUACCAUUUGUCAUUGCAACAGUGUUUGACUUUCUUACCUUUGAGAUCACCGCCAGUAACCCUAGCUGAUUGUCGUGAGAUUGCCAUUGGAUUUGUCAAUGGAAAUCAUUUUGUGCAAGUAUUUUUAAAGGCCGGUCAUCCAGUUCCUCCCAUUGCUGUGCUUUGGCGAGUUCACCAUCACCCUUGUGCAUCAGAAUGA